AUGUGGCGCUACAUCUGCAACUCCGUAGUCGUAGUGGCAGCCUCUGCCGGAUCUGGAGCCAGGAGCAGAGCGGCGCAGGACACUACGGCCCAGGACCUGUUCCGUUGGGCAUCGCCACUCGCUUCGCCCGGAGAGGAGAGCAGCCUCGGCAGUGGUCGGCGACGCAGUGAGGCUGUGCGGCACCAGCAGCAUCAGCAUCAGCGGCAGCGGCUGCGGCAGCAGAAGUGGCAGCAGAAGUGGCAGCAGCAGCGGCGGCAGCACAGGCUGUGCCACUCAGUUACGCGCAACAUUUCAACGCAACGUCGUGGCAAUUCCAAAUCGGCGGCAGACGCGGGCGUGCGCAUCGCACGGGCGGAUUGCACAAAUUAUCAAGUUAAAUUUAAGGAAAACGAAACGCACAACAAAAAAGCCAAACUAGAUUCAGUAAUAAAAUUUACUUCAAAUAAUCGCAAACCAGCCGCAGAGAAAUCAACAAACUGCAGUUUCAGCAGCGGAAAACUGAGGCAAGUUAUACUCCUAGUUUAUUAA